AUGAAAAUGAAUAAUACGGUAAAUAGAUUUAUUAAUUUAACAACACAAUUUAUUUCUAAAAAAAUUAUUCAAUUUGAUACUCUAUUCAUAUUUUCUCUCUUUGAAUUAAUUACAUUAACAUAUAAUAAUCAUUUUAUCCAGACAUAUUCUUUAAAUAAAUUAUUAAAGACAUUAUUCAUUUUUAUUAGUUCAAAUGAUUCUUCCUUAUUCAAUACUUCCCAAUGUAUAACAUUUUCAGAAAAUAUUAUAAUUCAAUCAAUCUCUAAUGCAGCAGAACAUUAUGAUAGUUUAUACUCGGAACUUAUUCAAACAAUAAUAACUUAUUAUCCUUCUUUAUUAUCUCAGUCAGUUUCUAUUCAAUCUUCAAUUCCAUAUGAUAAAAGUUCUACAUAUAGAAAAAUGGUUGUCGAAUUAGAACAAAGACUAUCAAAUAACCAUAAAACUUUUUCAUAUUCAAGUUGGCUUUAUUCAUUUAUUAAUGCUAUCUACCCACAAUCUCUAGAAUCAGUAUCUACUUAG